UCAAUUUUAAACCAUGAGUAACGUAGCAUCUAUGGGAUCCAGCACCGGCUCGGGAUCCAACUCGGGAUCCGGAUCCGGAUCAGUCACCAAGCGCGGGAACGUGGCUACCUUCACUUCAAACGCCACAGCUAUCGACACAUUUGGAAACACAUUUGAAGCUCCUGAUUAUUCCAUUAAGGAUAUCCUUUCCGUGAUCCCUGCACACUGCUACGAAAGAAGAUUAUUUGAAUCUCUCUACUAUGUGGCCAGAGAUAUUUUCUGGAUGUUAACUGCAGGAUACUUGGCCAACACAUACAUCCAUCAAUUGAAUCAACCAAUCGUUAGAUUCCUUGCCUGGUCCGCCUAUGUUUACUUCCAAGGUCUUUUCGGAACCGGUCUUUGGGUCUUGGCCCAUGAAUGUGGUCACCAAGCCUUUUCCGACUACGGUUGGGUCAAUGAUACCGUUGGAUGGGUCUUGCACCUGUACUUGAUGGUUCCUUACUUUUCUUGGAAAUACUCUCAUGGUAAGCACCACAAGGCCACCGGUCACAUGACCAGAGACAUGGUUUUCGUUCCUAAAACUAAGGAACAAUAUUUAGCCAUUAACAAUGCUGAACAUAUUGAUGAUCUUUUGGGUGAUGCCCCACUUUAUACCUUGGUUCAAUUAUUUACUCAACAAACUUUUGGUUGGAUUAUGUACCUUUUCACAAAUGUUACUGGCCAAGCUUUGCCACAUUUGAGUCUGUGGCAGAAAAACCACUUCAAUCCUGCAUCUGCACUCUUUGAACCAAGAGACUAUUACUACAUUCUUCUCCUGGACUUGGGGAUUGCCAUUCAAUCAUUUGUCUUGUAUACUUGGUACCAAAAGUUUGGAGGGUUCAAUGUGUUGGUCAACUGGUUUUUACCAUACAUUUUGGUCAACCAUUGGCUUGUUUUCAUCACUUUUUUGCAACAUUCUGACCCAAAGAUGCCUCAUUACGAGGCUUCUCAAUGGAACUUUGCUAGAGGUGCUGCCGCCACCAUCGAUAGAGAAUUUGGAUUUGUAGGCUCCUUUGUUUUCCAUGACAUCAUCGAAACCCACGUUUUGCACCAUUACGUGUCCAGAAUCCCAUUCUACAACGCUAGAGAAGCCCUGGAAGCCAUCAAGAAGGUUAUGGGAAAGCACUACAUGCACUCCGACGAGAACAUGUGGAAGGCACUUUGGAACUCUGGUCGUUGGUGUCAAUUCGUUGACGGGGACAACGGGGUGUUGAUGUACAGAAACACCAAUGGUUUAGGAGUUAAGCCAACUUAGA